UGAUUACCUCCAAACAAACCUGCCCACAGCCGCAGUUUAUAGAUAUAUAUCCACACACACACGCGCAGCUGUACAGUCCGCUGCCUCAUUCUGCGCUGCAAGUCGAGUCAACCAUGGCUUCCUACUCGCUUCUUUACUUCAAUGGGAGGGGUCGGGCGGAGAUCAUUCGACUCUUGUUCACCCUGAAAGGGCAGGAUUUUGAAGACAAGAGAGUCACACAUGAAACAUGGCCGGCCGAAAAACCGAAAACUCCUUUUGGCCAGAUGCCUGUGCUGACAAUCGAUGGCAAGGUGUACACAGAGAGUUUGGCUAUCGCUAAAUUCCUUGCCAAAGAAUUUGGCUUUUAUGGCUCUACCAACCAAGAAGAGUACGAAAUAGACCAGAUCACCGGCAUGUGCAAUGACCUCUUCACAGAAAUGGUCAGAGAAUUCUUCGAACAGGAUAAAGAAAGGAAGGCAAACAUGACACAGAACCUGAAAGAAAAAACAAAACCAAGAUUUGUCGGAAACCUCGAGAAGAUAUUGUCAGCCAAGGGUAAAGGAUAUUGCAUUGGGGAGACGUUGAGCCUCGGCGACCUUGUUCUCUACGAUACCCUUGACGGGAGGGUAGCAGAUGAUAUUAUUGACAAGUACCCCAAUGUCAAGGCGGUCAUGAACAACGUCAGGUCCAAUGACAGAAUCAAGGCCUACCUGGCAGCAAGGGUCCCAACACCCAUGUAGGGCUUCUGGGAGGAUUAUGACUUGUGUUGACGCCAGAUACCAUUGGUGGCCUUACAAUGCAAACGACCCAUCCUUUUGAGACAUCCAUGGUGGAAUUAUAUCAGAUGUCCAUACGAACAAUGGAAAAUGUCACCAAACGGCAUAAUAGUUAUACAUUUAUGUGCAUUAAAAGUCUUAUAUUAAAGACA